CUGAUUGGGCGGCUGCAGAAGAAAAAAAAAAAAAAAGAAAGAAAGGAGGAAGUAAAAUAAAAUAAACAAAACAUAAUUCAAAAGCAGGAAACCGGAGAACAAUGUGAGAAGUUCUAGUUUAUAAAGGAGAGUCGAAACGAAACCUCGAGGCGGACUGAUAUCUAAACAGGUCGAGCACGAGAACGGGAGAGCUCGUGCGCUUCCUGGUUUUCUUCGUCGCCACACAGAGAGAAAUAAAACACAUUUAAAAACAACACAACGGGACAGGGCAUGGACCACGCGCAGCAGAGCAAGGGCUCCACGUUGCGGUACAGGGAGCACGGGGACGAGUCCCUGGACAAGAGGCCCGCCGACAGCUCGGCGUCUCUCACCGACGCCAAGAGGCUGAUCCGGAGAGUGCGAAGUCCCUCCAGGCCGAGGGCGUGGUUGUCCAAUUCCUACAAGCCCAAGUUCGAAGAGCGAUUCCACCGACCUCAUUUUCCCAGGGAGGACCACUCGUUCUACAAACCCGGCUUCGCCAACCAGCGGCACCACCAGUUCAGCCCCCAGGGUCACUCCCACCGGAGGGAUCAUUUCCACCCCAUCGAUCCGAGGGAGAGGGAGCGGUACGACCAGAGGGAGGGCGGCGACGGCGGGUCCCCUCCGAAACAGAACAACCCUAGCAGACCUUUCGUACCCAGAUCCUCUUCCAGCAGAGACAAGGACGCGCAGUUCACUACCGACAGGAACCAGAGCUGGCAGCGAGAUCACACGGGGGCCAAAGGCAGCGAGCGUGAACGAAGCCGAGAAGGGGAUCCGCCUUCGACCGCCAGCCAGACGGCAACGAGAGACCGAGCCAUCCAAAAGAAGAGGAGAGAGAUAGACGAGGUGUACUAUCAGGAGUGUGAAAUGUUCGGCCUGGUGGCCAAGAUGCUGAUAGCGAAGGAUCCCACCCUGGAGCUGUCCAUCCAGUCCGCGCUGCAGGAGAACCUCCGGGACAUCGGCAAGCGCUGCGUGGAAGGCAUGGAGAAGUUCAUCGAGGACUACGACUCCAGGGAGACGCCGCCUCGCUAGUCCAGGGGGGGGGGGGGCAUAAAUUAUAUUUAUAAUACCAUCUCGUGUGAUCUGCUUUUGUGUCGUUAUCUCCGCCGGGAAAAAUCAACGUGAUCGCUCGUGCGACUGUGAAAUGAGUGUGCGUCUCACAUUCUGAAUAAUACUUUUGACUGCAUGCUCAGAAGACCUCUGGUGGUUGCUUUUUAUUGCCUUUUUUUUUGUUUUUGUUUUUUUGACAGCCGUUGAGUGACAGCUGACUCCUUCUUCAGCGACUCAGGACACCGCCGAGUGCACUGCAGGUCGCGUCACAAGAAAUGAACAUGCGGAUCAAUAGAUGGGUGAAAUAAUGCAUAAUUUAUGCGGAGACUUAUAACUUACAUUCUCUCUAAUGUGAACCUAACAGAGCUGCUUACUCCGCAGCGUAACUUCAAUAAUAUUACAGACACUAAAAGUUUACUUUGAGUUUGCAUACAGUCUUUUUAUGUUGCUGCUUAAAUGAUUACUGAAAGCGGCCUCUUUAAUCAUGUAAAUGUUCAAAGUAAAUUGCAUCGAUAGCCCACAUUACAUCAAUUUAAAAAGCAGCAUAUAGCCUGCAGGGAAUGGUGGAAGGGGGAGUGGGAUGUCCAUGCAGAGCCAAUAAUUAUAUUUGGAUGAUUUAUGUGUAAUUUGGAUUUCGUCAAUGGGCUAACGAUGGUUCGUAUUCAUGCAGUCGAACAUGACAGCAGUGGUUGUUGCACACACCCACACACACACACACACACACACACACACACACACACCAAAGCUCUACUGAAUGCACCGCUCUAGAUUGUGUUUUUUUUUUUUUUUUUCGUGUUUUACAGUCGAAAAAAACAUCAAAAGUCAACUUUGAUUGUGAUUUGCAGAUUUCUUUUAAUUUUUUUUUAUACUGCUUUUAAUUUUAAGAGUUUGAUGAUUUAUGAUGCAAAUAUGAGCUGGUUUUGUCUUUAAAUAAUAGCACUUGUGAAGAAGUCAAAUUGAUUUUGAAAUUUUUUUUUAUUUUUUAUAUAUAUUUGAAAUUUGUGUUUCACUGAUUUUGACAUUUUGUUUACGGCAUAUUAAAAGUGCGUUUC